AUGGAUCGUGAAGUAAAAGAAGAAAGAAACCCGGAUGCCCAAGAAACACCCAUUGUUGCUAAGAUGCAAACGCAUAGAAAAGAAGAGAACAAUAAAAGUAAUAUUGCAGUUAAAGAAGAAAAUGCUGUUUCAAAAAAUGGACAAGAAAAUGUUCCUUUAAAAAAUUCAGAAGAAAGGCAGGAAGUAUUGAAAAAAGAAGACAAUGAGAUAAACCAAAACAAAGAGUUUGAUGAUAUUAUUGAGAAUGAACAUAACGAAAAUAGAAACAUCUCAACAUCCACUCUUUCAAGUUUUUUCAAAGAAUAUGAGGAAGAUUCUGAGGGACAACAUUUUUUUUCGGAGGGCACGCAUACAGAACAUUCCAUGGAAGGUUCAAAUAAUGUAGAAAAUAGUGCGAAUGCCGUUACAAAUGGUGUUUUAAUGUCUAACAGAAGUACAAGUUAUUAUAAAAAGGAAAACGAAUUAACAUCUGUAACUUGUUAUAUAUGUGGAGAAACUGUAGACUUAAAAAUUUGGAGAGAUCAUAUAUAUGCUCAUAAUUGUGAUAGGAAAAGUACACGUGAAAAAUAUUUUUCUAAUGAAAAAAGAAAUAACACAAAUUUUUAUUGCUGUCAAAAAGAAGAAAAUAAUUUGAAUUGUGAUGUUGAUAAAUGUACAAAGAAACAGAACACAAAUAUCAGCAGUUCUUCUUUAUCUAGUUCUUCUAAUGAUUCAUAUGCUAGUUUGAAUGAAUUAUAUAGGGCUAUUAAUAAUGAAAGGCAAAACAAGAUCGCACAUAACCAUAAGAAGGACGAUAAAAACACAAAUUUGAACGUUAGUAACAGUACUAAUGAUGACAACACAAAAGGUACUAAUAGUUGUGAUAAUGUCCGUAAUAAUUUCGAAAGAGAAGACAUAGAAAAAGUGAAAACGGCUUACAACGACAAUUCUAAAAGUGAUACGUAUGGAUACAAUACUUCUCUAAGUAAUAGAAAUGAAACUACAGAAAUAAAGAAAUCUAGAAAUGUUGAUGAGAAGAGAAAUUCUCAAGUUAAUAAUUUACCAGGUGCUGAAAAUUCAAAGGAAGUCAUCCAAAUUAGUACAUCAACAAAGAAUGAAGAAAAUAAUAAUGAACAUGGUAAUAAAGAAAAAAAAGAAGAAAUAACACAUCAAUUAGGAGAUUCUAUUGAUAAUAAUUCACCCACUAAUCAUUUUAGAGAAGCAUUAAAUAAUAAUCAUUAUAGGAAUGAAAAUAACACCAACAACACCAACACCAACAAUAAGAAUAGACAUAAAAAAAAUAAAAGUAAUAAGAAUAGACAUAACAACAACAACAGCAAUGAUAAUAGACAUAACAAUUACACUAACGAACUUUCUGGUCAUAUUAUUUUAAUGUAUAGAAGUAAUACAGGAAAUCCCAAUAGUCAUACAAUUAAUUCUUUAAAUAGAUAUAUGUUUCCUUACAACAGAUCAACAUAUAUUAUUAGAAACGAACCACUCUCUCGUAAUCAAUAUCUUACAAUGAACAAUUCACCUCCUAAAAGAAUGUGUAAUAUUAAUGCUGGUAAUAAUUCAAACGAUUAUGAUAAUAAUAGAAAUAGAACUUUUAAUAGACAAAAUUAUUCAGGUGGACAUAACAAUAUAAAUACUAAUAGAAAUAGUAAUAUAAAUAGAGAUAAUAAUAUAAAUAGAGAUAAUAAUAUAAAUAGAGAUAGUAAUAUAAAUAGAGAUAGUAAUAUAAAUAGAGAUAGUAAUACCUGUAGAAAUAGUAAUACCUGUAGAAAUAGUAAUACCUGUAGAAAUAGUAAUACCUGUAGAAAUAGUAAUACCUGUAAAAAUAGUAAUACCUGUAGAAAUAGUAAUCCUAAUAGAAAUCAUAUUAUCUAUAGAGAUGGUAAUAUUAAUGUUAUAUUAAAUUAUAAUAAUCCUAUACCUAGAAGUAUAACAUAUGAAUUUAGAAGAAAUGAAAAUUCGAUCAUUUUUAGUUUUCCAAGUGAUUCAAGAUGUUAUUAUGGAUACGAAUUAACCCUUGAAGAUAUCUUUGAAAAUUCAGAACAAAGAAAUGUGAAUUCAAGACAAAAUAACAAUAUGAAUAAUUUGUCCUUCAUUUUUAGAGAUGGAAAUAAAUUUUCAUGUGUUACUUAUGAUAAGGAUAAAUCAGAACAUUCUAAUUUGAAAACAUGUUGUAUUUGUUGUGAAAAUUAUCAACAUAAUGAUAAUAUCAUAUUUUUACCAUGCACACACUGUUUUCAUAAGAAAUGCAUUCUCAAAUGGAUAAGAUACAAAUUAAUAUGUCCAAUAUGUAAUAUAAAUAUUCUACGUUAUAAGUAA